AGAGCGAGAGAGACAGAGAGAGAGAGAGAGAGACGCAUCGUGAGAUACGGCGCAGGACUCUCACCUCCGUCCGUCAUCCGAACAUCCUGCGCGAGGGACACCGCUAAAAGAGCUCCGUUUCCCUGAGCCAUUUCUGCGCGCGGGGAGCGAACGAGCGCAAGCAGGAUUCUCACCUUUCCGCGCGAGCUGCGAAAACCACACGAUGGAAAAACUAAAAGUGUGACAUACUUCCACCCAUUUUUUUUUAUCAUUUGCGAUGGUUUGAGGAAAACGUAUACGCUAACUGCAAUUUUAUUUCAGUAUUUUGAACUUCACGCCUGGGCUUUUUUUUUAUUCAGGACUAUAGAGGCUUCCGUCGCUGCUUUGGCCAGGUUUAUUUCAUAUGGCUGGUGUCUGACCUGGUGCCAAGCUGGUUGUGAAGGUGUUUGAUCUGUCGCCCUCGCCCCACGCCGCAGUUACCAUGGCGGCCGGAGUGGCAGCGUGGCUUCCGUUUGCGCGGGCAGCCGCCAUCGGCUGGAUGCCCGUGGCCAACCUGCCCAUGCCCGUGGCGCCAGCCGACAAGACCAAGCGGCAGGACGAGCUCAUCGUGCUUAACGUGAGUGGCCGACGCUUCCAGACGUGGCGCAACACGCUUGACCGCUACCCGGACACGCUGCUGGGCUCCUCCGAGAAGGAGUUCUUCUUCAACGAGGAGUCGGGCGAGUACUUCUUCGACCGCGACCCCGACCUCUUCCGCAGCAUCCUCAACUUCUACCGCACGGGCAAGCUGCACUACCCACGCUACGAGUGCAUCCUGGCCUACGAGGAGGAGCUGGCCUUCUUCGGCAUCAUCCCCGAGAUCAUCAGCGACUGCUGCUACGAGGAGUACAAGGACCGGCGGCGCGAGAACGCAGAGCGCCUCAUGGACGACCAGGAGGACAACAAGGACGCCAAGCUGCCCAACAUGACCUUCCGCGAGACCAUGUGGCGCGCCUUCGAGAACCCGCACACCAGCACCAUGGCGCUGGUCUUCUACUACGUCACUGGCUUCUUCAUCGCUAUCUCCGUCAUCACCAACGUGGUGGAGACGGUGCCGUGCGCCACCUCGGGUCCGGCGCGGGACAUCCCGUGCGGCGAGCGCUUCACCGAGGCCUUCUUCUGCAUGGACACGGCGUGCGUGAUGAUCUUCACCGUGGAGUACCUGAUGCGUCUGUUCGCCGCGCCGAGUCGCUACCGCUUCGUGCGGAGCGUCAUGAGCAUCAUCGACGUGGUGGCCAUCCUGCCGUACUACAUCGGCCUGGUGAUGACCAACAACGAGGACGUGAGCGGCGCCUUCGUCACGCUGCGAGUGUUCCGCGUGUUCCGCAUCUUCAAGUUCUCGCGCCACUCGCAGGGCCUGCGCAUCCUGGGCUACACGCUCAAGAGCUGCGCGUCCGAGCUGGGCUUCCUGCUCUUCUCGCUGACCAUGGCCAUCAUCAUCUUUGCCACCGUCAUGUUCUACGCCGAGAAGGGCUCCAGCUCCAGCAAGUUCACCAGCAUCCCCGCCUCCUUCUGGUACACCAUCGUAACCAUGACGACCCUCGGGUAUGGCGACAUGGUUCCUAAGACGAUAGCAGGAAAGAUCUUCGGCUCGAUCUGCUCUCUGAGUGGCGUGCUGGUGAUCGCGCUGCCCGUGCCGGUCAUCGUGUCCAACUUCAGCCGCAUCUACCACCAGAACCAACGGGCGGACAAACGCAAAGCCCAGAAGAUGCAGAAAGCCAGACUGGCGCGUAUGAGGAUAUCUAAAGCAGACAGCUCCAGUGCAUUCAUGCACAGCAAACGCAACGGCCUCCUCAGUGAACCCCUGGAGAUCACGCAACCCCCUUACAAGAUGAAACUAUCACAUCAGGGGUCGUUGGAUGAGGACCAACAUAGCAUUAAACCGUCGACUCUAAUAGAAAGCCAACACCACCACCUACUGCACUGUCUAGAGAAAACAACGAACCAUGAGUUUGUGGACGAGCAGUUCUACGAGCAGACGUACCUGGAGAGCGCCCUGCACAACUACCCGUCCCGCAGUCCGUCGCUGAGUAGCCAGGGGCUGACCGGGACCUGCUGCACGCGCCGCCCCAAACGGAUCACGCAGCUGACCAACGACACCUCCGGCGCCACACACACACACUCACACACACCACAUGGCCACACACACACCAACACCGCAGGGCUGCAGGAACUCAGCGCAAUACACAUCCAGUGUGCAGACCAGCCACUCAGCACAAGUCGCUCCAGUCUGAACAUGCGUACAGAUGACCAGCAUUCCCGACUCAACUGCCAGGGAGGCCAGAUCACCACGGCGAUCAUCACCAUCCCGACGCCCCCGGCAACCACACCCGACGGUGACGGCCACGCCCCCAGCCCCCCUGUGUCGUCGCCGGGGGUGGUGAAGGUGUCGGCCCUGUGAGGGGUGUGGUCAGGGAGGGAGGGGAGGGGCCAGGACAAGAGACUGGGCGGAGCCUCUCACUUGAUUGACUGAUGAACCGCCUGCCCACUGUUGGCUGAAAUUCAGAACUGUAUUGAAACUAUGGCCAGCAGAGGUACACUCAAAAGUGUGUGACGGUGUGGUUUGGGGAGGGGUGUGUGUGUGUGUGUGUGUGUGUGUGUGAGAAAGAGAGUGACAAAGAGAGACUGAGACAAUGAAG